UUGAGAUUCAGUCUCAACGAAAGGAGAUUCUGUUCUGUGAAUAUGUUGAUAAUGUCGAAGUGGGAUUCAGGAAGUUUUCUACUGUUGCUCGCUACAUUCAUUGGCCUUUUCAACAAUCUGGCGAGGGCAAACGUUCAUCACUAUACAUUCGUUAUUGAACGGACGCCUAUUACUAGGCUAUGCCAGACACAUAACAAAAUCACAGUGAAUGGACAGUAUCCUGGUCCUACUCUGCAUGUACGCAAUGGUGAUACUCUUAUCGUUAAAACUUAUAACAGAGCCCAGUAUAAUGCCACCAUCCACUGGCAUGGAGUUAGACAGCUUGGCACAGCGUGGGCUGAUGGAACUGGGUAUAUUACUCAGUGUCCCAUUCAGCCACAUGGGCGUUUUACAUACAGAUUCACCAUUGUUGGACAGGAAGGAACCUUGUGGUGGCAUGCCCAUGUCUCAUGGCUACGUGCAACAGUUCAUGGAGCACUAGUCAUAUAUCCCAAAAGGGGAAGUCCUUAUCCCUUUCCACAACCCUAUGCCGAGAUUCCUCUUGUGCUAGGUGACUGGUGGAAUAGCGAUCCUGAAGUUGUUGUAAGGCAAGCAAUUAUAUCAGGUGGUGCACCAAAUAUAUCUGAUGCAUUUACCAUCAAUGGGCAGCCAGGAGACCUGUAUCCUUGCUCGACAUCAGGAACAUUCAACAUGUCUGUAAAACAGGGAAAAACUUACCUUCUACGGAUUGUGAAUGCUGCACUCAAUAGCCACCUAUUUUUCAAGAUAGCAUCACACAAUCUCACAGUCGUUGCUGCAGACGCUUCCUACACAAAGCCAUACACAACAGAUGUUAUGUUUAUAACACCAGGCCAGAGUACAGAUGUUCUCCUCACAGCCAAUCAACCAGUAGGUAGAUACUACAUAGCUGCCAGUGUAUACACCACACAACCAGUAGGCUACUUUGAUAAUACCACCACAACUGCCAUUAUAAACUAUGAGGGCUCUAAGUCAUCUGCCACUCCAAUCCUCCCACAGCUGCCAGUAUACAACGAUACGGCCACUGUGACUGUAUUUAGCCGAGCAUUACGAAGCCUAGCUUCACCAGAGCACCCGAUAGAUGUUCCACAGACUAUAGACAAGAGCAUUGUGACAACCGUAGGGCUGAAUUUGCUUCCAUGCCCACUCCCACCUGGUAUGAAUUGUAGCGGGCCUAAUAACACUAGAAUAGCUGCCAGCAUGAACAAUAUCUCUUUUGUUCUGCCUGAUAUUGCCAUCUUGCAAGCUUAUUAUUUUGGCAUCAAUGGCAUCUUUACUAUAGAUUUCCCUUCAAAUCCCCCACUUGUGUUCAACUAUACUGGGGAUAAUAUCCCUAAAACUAUCUGGGCACCAACUUUUGGCACAAAAAUAAAAGUGUUCAAUUAUAAUGAUACAGUUCAGGUUGUGUACCAGGGAACAAAUAUCUUCCAGGCAGAUGACCAUCCGAUGCAUCUUCAUGGUUAUGAUUUUUUUGUGGUGGGACAGGGUUUUGGAAACUAUAAUGAUCAAACAGACCCGCUCAAUUUCAAUUUGGUUGAUCCGCCACUAAGGAAUACUCUUGGGGUGCCUCUGAGUGGCUGGGCUGCAAUCAGAUUUAAAGCUGACAACCCAGGUGCUUGGUUUUUGCAUUGUCAUUUUGAUGAUCAUUUGACAUGGGGUUUGAAUACGGUGUUUGUGGUGAACAAUGGCCCAAGUUACUCGUCAAGUUUGGAGCCACCUCCUCCUGAUCUUCCAAGAUGCUAGAAUGUUAGUCCAUAGAAUGUGUGCCACACCAACACCAUAUAUUUUAUGGGUUCUGUUAGGUAAUAUAUUAAACAAAGAAUUAGUGCUCAACAUGACUUGAAUUGAACAAGUCAAACUAAGAAAUCAGGGUAAUGUCUAUUCCUUAUAUUGGAUAUUCGAUAUACCAUGUAAUCCAUAUUUUCGUUUUGCCCUUGUUAUUCAAUUCCAUGAAAAUGUAAUAAUUUUAUUGUUUAUUAGUUCUGUAGUGCUCCUCUACAAGGAAAAUGAAACAUUAUCUAUGGAGUUUUGGAUGUCGGUGUUACAAUGGUUUAAUUGGUGAAGAUCACCGUUUAAUGCGAAGGAUAAGCUUCGAAGAAAAAAUAGGAAUGAAAAGAGGUGCUUAGCAAUUUUGGUUGACUUACAAAUAUGUUUAGAAAGAAAAUAAUUACACUGUAGAAGCAUUUACAUAUAUUAAUUUAUUCAAAAAGACUGUGUUACACGAUA